CCAAAAACAUACAUUUAGGAAGAAGAGGGGGAAAAAAGGAAAAGAAAGAAAGAAGAAAAGAUGGUUUCAUCCCCAAUAAUUGAUCUUCUGAAAAACCAGCUUCCUCUUGAUCAAGAACGUCUGGUGCUAAGCGAAAAUGUUCGCUACGGUCUAGUUCUUGUAGACAUCAUCAAUGGCUUUUGUACUGUUGGUGCUGGCCCUUUGGCUCCUGCAGAACAUAACCAGCAGAUUUCAGAAAUGAUCAAAGAAGCAGAGAGGAUAUCAAAGGUUUUCAGUGAGAAAAAGUGGCCAAUAAUGGCCUUUCUUGAUUCUCAUCAUCCUGAUGUGCCUGAGUAUCCAUACCCUCCUCACUGCUUGACUGGAUCCGACGAAUCCAAUCUUGUUCCUGCUUUGAGAUGGCUAGAGGAAGAGCCAAAUGUGACAAUUAGGCGCAAAGACUGCUAUGAUGGAUUUAUAGGCUCCAUCCAAAAUGAUGGCUCUAAUGUCUUUGUGAACUGGGUUAAAUCCAACAAGAUUGAAUCGCUAUUGGUAGUUGGAGUAUGCACAGAUAUUUGUGUGUUGGAUUUCGUAUGCUCAACAUUAUCUGCAAAAACUCGAGGUUUUCUUUCUCCUCUCGAGGAUGUAGUGGUUUACUCUAAUGGAUGUACCACAUUUGAUUUCCCUGUUGAAGUUGCUCAAACCAGUAAACACGGUUCAGCUCAUCCACAGGAGAUAAUGCACCACAUGGGGCUUUACAUGGCUAAAGGGCGAGGCGCAAGGAUAGUGAACAGUGUGUUAGCAGCAGAACCAUGAAAGCGUCAAGCUUACUCCCAAACUCUGAAAUCCAAAUCCAAAUUCAAACCCAAACUAUCUGUUUUUGUAGCAUUUCACUAUGUAAUAAUCAAGCAUAGCACCUUGUUAUGUAUUUAAACGCAAAGGGGAAUUGUUGCACAUCAAUAAAUUUGAGAAGACAAUCUCGCCAA